GAGAGAGAGUGCACACGACUGCUUGGCCGACUGAGCAUUGAGCAGAAGCCUCGGGUUUUAGGGUAUUUAGAGAGAGAGAGAAAGAGAAAGAGAGAUCAACAAUGGCGACAAAAACCGGGCUGUCUCAGAAAGAGGCAGACAUUCAGAUGAUGCUUGCUGCCGAUGUCCACCUUGGCACAAAAAAUUGCGAUUUCCAGAUGGAACGAUACGCUUUUAAGAGAAGGACAGAUGGGAUUUACAUCAUCAAUCUUGGGAAGACAUGGGAGAAACUUCAACUUGCUGCUAGAGUUAUAGUUGCUAUUGAGAACCCUCAGGACAUCAUUGUCCAAUCUGCGAGGCCCUAUGGUCAGCGAGCUGUGCUUAAAUUUGCACACUAUAUUGGUGCACACCCCAUUGCAGGGAGACACACGCCUGGAACAUUCACCAAUCAACUGCAGACCUCAUUUAACGAGCCUCGUCUUCUUAUCCUGACUGACCCCAGGACAGAUCAUCAGCCCAUCAAGGAGGCAGCACUGGGCAACAUCCCGACAAUUGCAUUUUGUGAUACGGAUUCACCCAUGCGACAUGUGGAUAUUGGUAUUCCAGCUAACAACAAGGGCAAGCACAGCAUUGGCUGUCUCUUUUGGCUAUUGGCUAGGAUGGUUCUUCAGAUGAGGGGCACCAUUCAACCAGGACAUCAAUGGGAUGUCAUGGUAGAUUUGUUUUUCUACAGAGAACCUGAGGAGGCUAAAGAACAAGAGGAGGAGGAACCUGUUGUUGCCCUUGAAUAUGGGGCUCCUGAUUUUGCAGGGCCCCCUCUUACUGGCAUGGAUCAAUGGGCCACACAAACAAGCGAGGUUCAGUGGGGUGGUGAAGUGGCUGCUCCUCCUGCGACGGGAAUGGCUGUGCCUGUUGAUUGGCCUGGGGCUCCAGGUGCUACUUCAGGAGACGCGUGGGAACCUGCUGCUCCUCCGCCACCAGUGGCGGUCCCAGGACUUGACACCCUCACUCCAGGACUUGACACCCAUCCUCCGGCAACAGGUUGGGACCCUGUUGCUUAAGACCAGUUUGGUGCUUUUAAAUCCAUGGGCCAACAACAGCUUCUCUUAUAGAGAUUAGCACAAUCUGUUGCGGAGUUUUUACAAGCAGUUUUGUAGGAAGAGAUGGAUUAUCCGCUCUCUCACUCUCUCUCAAUCUCAAUCUCGAUGAGUUCAAUUCGUUUUUUUCCCUUUAAUACUUCGAUCUCGUUUGAGGAAUGUUUAUUAUUUUAGUAUGAAGGUUUUUUAUUUUAGGCAAUCAU